AUGAUGUUUCCAUUAUACGUGAAUCUCGCUAUUAUCUUAUGGUUUUGUACAACAAUUAGCAAUGGAAAUAUUGAACAAACUGUAUUACGUGGUGUUCAAACUUCACUUCUUUCAAUGUAUGUUCCAUCAAAACCAUUUACUUGUCUUGAUGGUUCAUUAACAAUUCCAUUUGAAUUUGUUAAUGACGAUUAUUGUGAUUGUCAAGAUGGUAGUGAUGAACCAGGAACAUCAGCUUGUCCAAAUGGACAAUUUUUUUGUGAAAAUAAAGGUUAUUUUGGUACAUUAAUACCAUCACAUUUUGUUGGUGAUGGUAUAUGUGAUUGUUGUGAUGGAUCUGAUGAAUAUGAAACAACAGUUGUUUGCAAUAAUACUUGUUUUGAGUUAGCUCAAAAAGUUCAAGCUGGACGUGAAGCCAAACGAGCAUUACAUGAAGCAGGUGUAGCAAAAAAGAAACAAAUUAUUGCAAGUACAAUAGCUAAUAAAUCUGAACGACAAAAACAACUUGAUGAACUUGAAAAAGAUUUAAAAAAACUUGAGAAUGAAUUAAAAGAAAAAGAAGAAUUAAAACGACAAGCUGAAAUAUUAGAAAAUGCAGCAAAAGAAAAACAUAACAAACUAUGGGAAGAAAAACGUGCUAUUCAAGACCUUAUCUCACGUAAUAAUCAAAUACGUGAAAUAUUUGCUGAUUUAGAUACAAAUGGAGAUUCAUUAGUAUCAAUUGCUGAAUUACAAAAACAUACAGAACUUGAUAUAAAUCAAAAGAAUGAAUUUACAACUGAAGAAGUUCGGUCAAUACUUGGAUCUGAUUCAGUUGAUUUGAAUGAAUUUAAUAUAUCUGUAUUUGAUCAAAUAUCAAAUUCAUAUCAAAAAUUACCAGAACCAACAAGACCAACACCUGAACCAACACCACUUGCUGAACCAUCAAUAGAUUCAAUAACAACUCAACCAUCGUUAUUAGAAACGCCUGUUGAUGAAGAUGAUUUAAGAACACACACACGAUCUUCAUAUAAAAAUGAAGAUGAUAGUGCAGAUGAUUAUGAAGAAGAUAAUCAUCGUCAAUCAUCGUCAAUAGCGACAUCACUUGAACAUGAAAAACAUAUUCAUGAUAGUGUAGCUCCAGAAUAUAAUGAUGAAACAAAAAGAUUAAUACAAAUAGCUGAUCAAGCUCGUAAUGAAUAUCAUGAAGUCGGAGAAAAACUUCUUUCGAUUAAACGUCAAAUUGAUGAUUUAAAAAAACAAUCAAAUAUUGAUGCUGGACCACAUGAUGAAUAUGCAGCAAUAAUUGAUCAAUGUUUUGAUUUUGAAGAACGAGAAUAUACAUAUCAAAUAUGUAUGUUUAAAACUGCUAAACAAAUACCAAAAGGUGGUGGUAGUGAAGUUAUAAUAGGUUAUUGGGAUUCAUGGUGUGGACCAAAAGAUAAUAAAUAUUUAAAAAUGAAAUAUGCUAAUGGUGCUACUUGUUGGAAUGGUCCAGCUCGAUCAUUAGUAGUUACAUUACAAUGUGGAGUUGAACAAAAACUUAGUGAUGUACGAGAACCAAGUCGAUGUGAAUAUACAAUGACAUUUGAAACACCAUUAGCAUGUGAUGAAACUAUUGCUACAACAUCUAUACAUCUAGAUCAUGUAGAAUUUUAA